AUGCAGCUCUUCAUUCGUUCGGAUGUCGGACGUAUGUUGACUGUCUCGGUGGCCAACCCGCGGGCUAAAGUGCACGAGCUUUUGUCAUUAAUGGAAGCCAAAGAUUCACAUCUUUGCAGCUGUGGAUACCUUAACUACGGCGGUGUGCCGCUGCACGCGUCACGAUCUCUGACAGAUUAUGGCAUCCAGAACCACGCUACGCUGGACUUGUCACGACGACUGCAGGGCGGAUGCUUCAGCGUCUCGAUUUUCUUGUGGAUCCUGAUCUUUAUCUGUUGUUUAAUCAGCGUCUGCACUUGUGGCUUGUCAUUACCGGUGGCACUGUGUCUUCUACCACCGGCUUUACUCCUACCGCUCUGUUGUUUGUAA